GCCACAUCCGAGUGCUCUAUUUUCAAUACUCUAAAAACUAGUACACUUUUGAAUUUUUUGAAAUGGCUAUUGUCGAUAAAUUUCUCUACUGUUUUGAGCUGAAGUUCGGCGUACUUAUAAUUGGAUUCGUGGACAUCAUCCUGAGUAUACUCUGCGGAUGCUACUUGCCAUGGAUAAGACGGAAAGUGGAUGCAGAUAUUUUGAUCCUUACACAGGAGCCGAUUACUGUACAUGGGCCAUCCCUUGUCAAAAGUUCGGAUUUGUACAGGUUUUACGUCGGUGAAGAUUUCUACUUCAACAGGUUUGGCUACUCGAUGUAUAUAUUUGGCCUGAUUGUCCUCAUUCUUCACAUUGGCGCCUGUAUACUGAUCAUAAUCUCCGCUCUUUCGGAGGAGAAAAUCAUGGCUGCCCCCUAUGUGGCCACUGCACCGAUGCGCUUCGUUGUGCUGCUUCUCAUCCUGAUUUGGAUAGUGACCAAGUCGUUCGACUGUACCACCAGUUUUUGGCUCAUAGGUCUAAGUUUGUUUCCGGCCACUUACUUUUGGCUAACAGUCGUGUCUUGGUUUGACCCCGCCAUCUCGGCAUAAAUUUAGUAAUCGUUGGAAUGAAAAUCGUAGGGCAUCAGGUAUCCUUAUGAAAAACAUUCGAAAUCCUAGCUUGUCAAACACAAGUCUCAACUGAAUCGCAACACAUACAUAUUAUAUUAAAUUAAAAAUCUUAUACAAUGGGCAUUCCAACCAUAAAGAAAUGCUGCUGCCUGGAGCUGAAGUGGGGUGCACUUAUUGCCGUCGUGGUUGAUUGGAUCUUUGCAGGCUUUGUUGUCAUCCGGUGUACGGAUUUCAUGGAUUACGGUGGGGGUAUGAAUAUCGUCUGGUAUGUUGUCGCCAUAGUCCACAUUGCCCACAUAGUUUGCAUCAUUUUGGUUCUUGUUUCUCUUUGUGUGCGAAAUAAAAAUCUCGUAGCUCCCUAUUUGAUAACCGCAAUAAUUCGCGUAAUUAUUGAUAUCAUUUUUUUCAUUUUCGUGUGCAUUAAAUUGGGCGACCACGAUAUCCCGGGACUGAUUUUCAUCAUUAUUGGCCUAAUUAUUGCAGUCUGCUUGUGGAUCGUUGUCUUCUCGUGGUACAAGAAGCUUGGAGGCUCAGCGGACAUAUAGAUCACUCAGACGACAACAUUACCCAUACGAAAAUGAUCCCGAGACACCAAGUUAAAUUAGAAUGAAGUGUACCAUUAGGAAGUGCUGUUGCUGGGAGCUAAGAUGGGGAGCCUUGAUUAUCGCCCUUAUAGAUAUGAUUGUGACGGCGGCAGUUGUUUUGGAAACUAAGUAUCUAGCCUAUUAUGAGGACUGGUGGAUUGAUCAUGAUAUGGGAACGUUUGAGGUCAGCUACACUUCCACCUACUACGUUUGGAUCAUCACACUUGUCAUCCACUUUGCCCACCUAGUGUUUUGUGUCUCAGUUAUUGGCUCUGUUUGGGUGAAAUCCAAAAAACUGGUCAUUGGCUAUCUAAUAACAGGCGCAAUUCGCAUUGUUUAUGAUCUUAUGUUUUUCAUUUAUGUUUGCGUCGCAAUUGGCCCUGUGAUUUUGACCUUAUUCCUUAUCAUCGGCGGAUUUGGUGUAGCCAUUUACUUUUGGAUCGUUGCCUACUCAUGGUUCAAGAUGAUCGAAAGUCCUGAUCGCGUGAAUUAACACCUAUUCACCCAAUCAUUGGGUGCAGCAAUGUAAUAUAUAUAAAUAAAUUCGAAGUGGACACUUCAAAUCGAUU